UCCUCCUCUCGGCGACGCUGAUCUCCUCCUCCUCCUCCUCCUCUGGUCUAGGGUUUCCGCGGCAAUCGCCUCCCUCAGUCGACGUCGCCGUCGCCGUCGGAGGAGGACCGCCAUGCGACGGUGAUGAAGCGCGCACUGGACGAGCUCACGGAGGAGGACUGGGGCGACCUGUCCCGCUCCUUCAAGCCCUCCCGCGUCCUCCGGAGGACCCCGUCGCCCCCGCCCCCGAUCGAGUCCUUCGCCUUCUCCGGAAAAUCGCGCGGGCCUCGCUCCCCGAGCUCCUCCGGCCGAGGAAUCGUCGAGAUCGGCAGCUCCGAUAACUUGGAGGACGACGACGUCGAGCUGGUGGGCUCCGCCGCGCCGGCGCCGGCGAGCCGUGGCCGCCGGUUCGUCGUCGACGACGACGACGAUGCGGAGGAGGAGGAGGAGGAGGGGGAGGAGGCGGCGGGAGCGGGGAGUAAGGUGGAGAGCGACGGGGAUUUGGUCGAUGUUUAUGAUAUAAGCUCCGCGGAGGACGAGAAGGGCGAGGAGGCCGAGGUGGAGGAACCGGGAGAAGAAGAGGACGCGGUGGAGGAUGAUGAUGUGGUGGGGAAGGCUCUGCAGAAAUGCGCCAAAAUUUCUUCGGAUUUGAAGAAGGCUCUUUAUGGCUCUUCCGUCGCUUCAUGCGAGCACUACUCCGAAGUGGAAGCUUCCUCUAAUCGGAUUGUCACUCAGGAUGAUGUUGAUGCAGCUUGUGGUUCUGAUGAUACAGAUUUUCAGCCUGUUCUGAAGCCUUAUCAGCUUGUUGGUGUCAACUUUCUUCUUUUGUUGCACCGGAAGGGUGUUGGAGGAGCCAUCCUAGCGGAUGAGAUGGGUCUUGGGAAGACCAUUCAGGCCAUAACAUACUUAACAUUGCUGAAACACUUGAAUAAUGACCCGGGUCCGCACUUGAUUGUAUGCCCCGCUUCUCUUUUGGAGAAUUGGGAAAGGGAACUCAAAAGGUGGUGUCCUUCAUUUUCAGCACUCCAAUAUCAUGGUGCUAACCGGUCAAUCUACUCAAAAGAGUUGACCUCACUGUCGAAAGCAGGAUUACCUCCUCCGUUCAACGUGCUUCUUGUGUGUUACUCUCUUUUUGAACGUCACAGUGUUCAGCAGAAAGACGAUCGCAAAAUUUUAAGACGUUGGCGGUGGAGCUGCGUCUUGAUGGAUGAAGCCCAUGCAUUGAAGGAUAAAAACAGUUACAGAUGGAAAAACUUAAUGUCUGUUGCACGAAAUGCGAAUCAGCGUCUAAUGUUGACUGGGACACCCCUACAAAAUGAUCUACAUGAAUUGUGGUCACUGUUGGAAUUUAUGAUGCCUGAUCUUUUUGCAACUGAAGAUGUGGACUUGAAAAAACUUUUAAAUGCUGAGGACCGAGCCUUAGUCAGUCGUAUGAAGUCCAUCCUCGGCCCAUUUAUCUUGAGACGUUUAAAAUCUGAUGUUAUGCGGCAACUUGUUCCUAAGAUACAAAAGGUUGAGUUUGUGACAAUGGAUCAACAACAGGAGGAGGCUUAUGUAGAAGCUAUUGAGGAGUAUCGUGCCGCUUCAGGUGCUCGUUUGGCAAAGUUUUCAGGAGAUUGCCUGAGAAAUAUCAACAAAAUUCUUCCAAAGCGUCAAAUUUCUAACUAUUUUGUCCAGUUUCGGAAGAUUGCAAAUCAUCCUUUGCUAGUAAGGCGGCUUUAUGAUGAUGGUGAUAUUGUUUGUUUCGCUAAGAAGUUAUAUCAAAAGGGUGCCUUUGGGUUUGAAUGUGGUUUGGAACGAGUAAUAGAUGAAAUGAAGAAGUAUAGUGAUUUCUCUAUUCAUCAGCUUUUACUUUGUUAUGGUAUCGAUGGGAUUCUAUCAGAGGAACAUGCCAUGCUUUCUGCUAAGUGCCGUGCACUGGCUGAACUUCUUCCUGCACUCCAUAAAGGUGGUCAUCGCGUCCUGAUAUUUAGCCAGUGGACCUCGAUGCUUGAUAUCUUAGAAUGGAUAUUGGAACUUAUCGGCGUUACUUACAGACGUCUUGACGGAAGUACCCAGGUGACGGACAGACAAAGCAUAGUUGACACUUUCAAUAAUGAUACUUCCAUAUUUGCUUGCUUGCUUUCGACGAGAGCUGGUGGACAGGGUUUGAAUUUGACCGGAGCUGACACAGUUGUCAUCCAUGACAUGGAUUUCAACCCACAAAUUGACCGACAGGCAGAGGAUCGCUGUCACCGAAUUGGCCAAAUAAAGCCAGUAACUAUAUAUAGGUUGGUGACCAAGGGUACAGUCGAUGAGAAUAUUUAUGAGAUUGCAAAAAGGAAGCUGGUUCUGGAUGCUGCUGUUCUGGAGUCUGGUCUUGAGGUAGAUAAUGAGAAGGAUACGUCUGAGAAGACAAUGGGGGAGAUACUGUCUGCACUUUUGCUUCGCUAGAGCUUAAGCCUUUGAUGUACCCAAUCAAGGUCUUAGGCCUAUUUCUGUUUGCAGAUUGUCAGAUGACGCAACAGUCUUUCCGGUUAAUAAAGAAUAUAGCUGGUUCGUUGCCAUCGUGGUGACAGAUUGGAACCGGUAGAAGUUUAACCCAAGGUUUAAUAAAAGGGAGAGAGCUCCCGAGGUUUACACGAAUCCGUGCACUUCUGUUCCAUAGUCCUCAUCUUCUCAACCUUACGUCAAAUUGAUAACUAAACUGCUCUCAACCUCAGUGGAACGAUAAGAUCCAAGAACCUCAAACGAUUCGGGUAACUCUCCCCAAAAAGACAUGAAGCAGGAUUCAUAGUCUCUGUUUUUCUUUCUGCGUAGCUUGAGAUUCCUUCACCAUCUUAAAGGUGAAGAUGACCACUCCCAAUCUCAAGUCCAAAAUAUUUCCUCUAGAUCCUAACGAUGCAAUACACGCAAAUGCUGUCUAAACUCGAAUGUAAAAGGAAACAAAAUUGUAUUUUAGGAUUGAUAAAUUCAUAAGUUAAGAGGUUAUAAACUUGUAGUUACACGUGCACUCGAAAUGAAGUGUUCUGAGUUUCUUCAACUUACUAGAUA